GUAGAAUGUGUGUAAGCUGAUGUGGAUCUGGUGAAUCCAGCAGCAUGGAUCCGUGUGAUGACAUAGAAGAGGGAGCCCCUCCCUUUAAGAAAAACAGAGUUGGGGAAGAUGAGAGCCAGAGUAAAACUCAUGGGAUUCAUCAGAAACUCAGAACUGGAUCUGGAUCUGAACCCAGCUGUGUGUCCUUAAGGAGUGACCAGUCAAAGGAUUUUCUUAUCCACUUUAAAUCAGCAGGAUCUUCUAAUGCAGAGAGAGUGGACCAGCAGAGCUCAGAGACUCCCAGUGGUCAGUCUGUCCAGCAGCAUCAAACACAGCUGGACUCCAUAUUUCUGCUGCUGGAGGACAGCAUUGUCACUUUUGUGAAAAAGGAGCUGAAGAAGAUCCAAAAGCUUCUGAAUCAGAGGGAGAAUGAGGAUGAGCUGGAGGAUGAAGAUGAAGGGCAGAGGAGCAGCAGAGAGUCACUGAUAAAUAUCACAGAGAACUUCCUGAGGAGAAUGAAGCAGGAGGAGCUGGCUGAUCGAUUGCAGAGAGGAUCUUCUCCUGCAGUUUGUAAACAUAAAGUCCAAUCUGGGUUGAAAAAGAAGUUCAAGCAUGUGUUUGAGGGAAUCACCAAAGCAGGAAACCCAACCCUUCUGAAUGAGAUCUACACAGAUCUCUACAUCACAGAGGGAGGAACUGGAGAGUUGAAUGAAGAACAUGAGGUCAGACAGAUUGAAGCAGCAUUCAGGAAAGCAGACAGAGCAGAAAAAAGCAUCAGACAAGAAGAGCUCUUUGAACUCCCAGUUGGAAGACAAGAACCAAUCAGAACCGUGAUGACUAAGGGAGUGGCUGGCAUCGGGAAAACAGUCUUAACACAGAAGUUCACUCUGGACUGGGCUGAAGGCAAAGCUAACCAGAACAUCAACUACAUCUUUCCAUUUACUUUCAGAGAGCUGAAUGUGCUGAAAGAGAAGAAGUUCAGCUUAGUGGAACUUGUUCAUCACUUCUUCCCUGAAACCAAAGAAGCAGGAAUCUGCAGCUUUGAAGACUUCCAGGUCAUCUUCAUCUUUGAUGGUCUGGAUGAGUGUCGACUUCCGCUGAACUUCCAUAAAACACAGAUCCUAACUGACCCUAGAAAGUCCACCACAGUGGGUGAUCUGCUGACAAACCUCAUCAGGGGGAAGCUGCUUUCCUCUGCUCGCCUCUGGAUCACCACACGACCUGCAGCAGCCAAUCAGAUCCCUGCUGAGUGUGUUGACAUGGUGACAGAAGUCAGAGGGUUCAAUGAGCCACAGAAGGAGGAGUACUUCAGGAAGAGAUUCAGAAUUAAAAAGCAGGCCAACAGAAUUAUCUCCCACAUCAAGACAUCUCGAAGCCUCCACAUCAUGUGCCACAUCCCAGUCUUCUGCUGGAUCACUGCUACAGUUCUGGAGGAUCUGCUGAAGAACACAGAGGGAGGAGAGCUGCCCAAGAGCCUGACUGAGAUGUACAUCCACUUCCUGGUGGUUCAGGCCAAAGUCAAGAAAGUCAAGUAUGAUGGAGGAGCUGACACAGAUCCUCACUGGAGUCCAGAGAGCAGGAAGAUGAUGGAGUCUCUGGGAAAACUGGCUUUUGAGCAGCUACAGAAAGGCAACCUGAUCUUCUAUGAAUCCGACCUGAAAGAGUGUGGCAUCGAUAUCAGAGCAGCCUCAGUGUACUCUGGAGUGUUCACACAGAUCUUUAGAGAAGAGAGAGGGCUGUACCAGGACAUGGUGUUCUGCUUCAUCCAUCUGAGUGUUCAGGAGUUUCUGGCUGCUCUUCAUGUCCAUCUGACCUUCAUCAACUCUGGAGCCAACCUCAUGGUGAAUCAACAGAAGACACCAAUUCAGUUCUACCAGAGUGCUGUGAAAAAUGCCUUACAGAGUCCAAAUGGACACCUGGACUUGUUCCUCCGCUUCCUCCUGGGUCUUUCACUGCAGACCAACCAGAGUCUCCUACGAGGUCUGCUGACUCAGACAGGAAGCAGCUCACUGUCCAAUCAGGAAACAGUCCAGUAUAUCAAAAAGAAGAUCAGUGAGAAUCUGUCUGCAGAUAAAAGCAUCAACCUGUUCCACUGCCUGAAUGAACUGAACGAUGGUUCUCUAGUGGAGGAGAUCCAACAGUCUCUGAGGUCAGGACGUCUCUCCAGAGAUAAACUGUCUCCUGCUCAGUGGUCAGCUCUGGUUUUCAUCUUACUGUCAUCAGAAGAAGACAUGGAAGUGUUUGACCUGAAGAAAUACUCUGCUUCAGAGGAGGCUCUUCUGAGGUUGCUGCCAGUGAUCAAAGCCUCCAACAAAGCUCUUCUGAGUGACUGUAACCUGUCAGAGAGAAGCUGUGCAGCUCUGUCCUCCAUUCUCAGCUCUCAGUCCUCCAGUCUCAGAAAUCUGGACUUGAGUAACAACAACCUGCAGGAUUCGGGAAUGAAGUUGCUUUCAGCUGGAUUUAAGAGUCCACACUGUGAACUGGAGACUCUCAGUUUGUCAGGCUGUCUGAUCACAGAGGAAGGCUGUGCUUCCCUGGCUUCAGCUCUGAACUCCAACCCUUCCUAUCUGAGAGAGCUGGACCUGAGCUACAAUCAUCCAGGAGAGGCUGGAUUGAUGCUGCUUUCUGCUGCACUGGAAGAUCCACACAAGAGACUUGAGACUCUCAGGGUGGAGCCUGUUGGAGUUCAGUGGUUGACUCCAGGUCUGAGGAAGUAUUUCUGUCACCCCAGAUUUGACCCAAACACAGUGAACAGAAACCUCAAACUGUCUGAAAACAACAAGAAGGUGACCUUUGAGAAGGAGCUUCAGUCAUAUCCUGAUCAUCCAGACAGAUUUGACGUGUGCCAUCAACUGCUGUGCAGAGAUGGUCUGACUGGUCGCUGUUACUGGGAGGUCGAGUGGACAGAUUUUGUUUAUAUAUCAGUGAGUUACAGAGGAAUCAGAAGAAUAGGAGACAGCCAUGACUGUAUGUUUGGAUUUAACAGUCAGUCCUGGAGUCUGAUCUGCUCUUAUGAUCGUGGUUACUCCGUCUCCCACAAUAACAUAGAAACAUACAUCUCCUCUUCCUCCUCCUCUUCCUCUUCUUCUCACAGAGUAGCAGUGUAUGUGGACUGGCCUGCUGGAACUCUGUCCUUCUUCAAAGUAUCCUCUGACUCACUGAUCCACCUCUACACCUUCAACACCACAUUCACUGCACCUCUUUACCCUGGAUUUGGGUUUAGAUUCUUGACUUGUUCAUCUGUGGUUCUAUGUUGAAAUCAGAGGAAAAGUUGUGUUCUCACCAGAGAAACUUUACUUGUCUGCCUGUUCAAUCACUAACAUGUUUUCAGAUUCAUACAUUUAAUUUGUUUCUUCCUGAAAUUCAUCUAAAUCAUUUCUUGUAAACUCCUUCCUUUUCCAGUUUUCAUAGGUUGAAGGUGCUAUCAUUCUAAAAUCCCAACGUUGUUAUUCUUUGUGAUUCCAGUCAAAGCUUCAAUGAAUGUCAGCAUGUCGUGUUUCUAUGAAGCUCAAAUAUUGUUCUGCUAAGCUCAUGAAAAAGGAUGAGAUGAUGCCUCUUAACCCUUGUGCUAUCCUAUGACCCCACCCUUACAUUGACGUGUUUUCCCUACCAUGACAAAGGUGGAUAAA